AUGUGGUUUAAGAUUCUGCCUGGGGUAGGCGUCAUAGCCACGUGCCUGCUCAUCUCCAGCGUAGCCGCUGCACACAUCCACAGGUUCACUAACAAGGGCAAAGAGAAAAGGGUUGCCUGUUAUUCUCAUCAGUGGAGUUUGAUGGAAGGAAAUAGGUGCAUUUCUGGAGUUAUGUGUUACUAUGUGUCAGAGUGUUUGGAGAAUAUUGACUAAGGAAGCCUUUUCCUGAGUGAUGAAAAAUAACUUGGUUAUACUCACCUACCCCUUCUAGAAGGUUAUGUAGUAUAUUAAAAUA